AUGGUACCACAUCUGGCUAUGCACGAUGCGGGUUUAAUGACUGCGAUCCUCGCUCUAUCGUCCCGGCAACUGUCUAUCAGUCCCGACGCUAGCCCAGCUGAGCGCGACCGCAACGUUGGCUUACAGUACUACUAUGAGACUCUACACUAUUUGCAAAAGGCUAUGUGUGCAGAAGCAUACACCAUCAGCUUGGAGCUUCUAGCAACUGCUCUCAUCGUCUCCAUGUACGAGAUGCUCGACGAUUCAGGUAGCGGCAGCGGUUGGGAGCGCCAUCUGAAAGGUGUGUUUUGGAUUCAAAGAAGCCAGCUCAUACAAGGGGAGACUGGUGGGCUGAAAUCAGCUGUCUGGUGGGCCUGGCUUCGGCAAGACAUCUGGGCCGCAUUCCGGGAGCGACGUAAAACCCUCAGUUUUUGGACACCUACGAAGGCGCUCGCAGCUCUAACAUCCUACGAGCUAGCUGCCCGGGUCAUAUGGCUUUUUGCAAGGGCUGUGGACUACUGCUCUGAUGAAGAGGUUGCCAGUGGCGAACUCGACCUAACGAUGCGGGCUAAGAGAGCAGAUACUAUUUUUGGCAUGUUGUACGACUGGAAGAGUAGUCUUCCACAAGAGUUCGAGCCUCUUCCUCAAAUAAAUACGACUGCUCUGUCUGGAACCAUGGAACCUCUGUGGAUUCAUCCCCCAGCAUUUAGUAUGCUUGAUACCAAGACAUACCACAAGGACCAGCAAAGCUGA